CAACUUACCGCAACGCAAAUGUUCUCUCUAUCUGAAACAUAUUAAAUACAAAACACAUUUUUAAUGCCGUGGUUCCUUUUUGUUUCGCUUUACUAGUUAUUUCACCCAGCUAACCAGCUAGCACCACUGUUAGCUGUUUUUAGCCUAUGCUAACUGUUCUUUAUAUUUAACAUAUCAGAGCACCUUCUUACUGUGAUUUGCCUAAAUGUAUAUUUGUUUCUGAAUUAACUAAAUCAUAUCUACAUUUGCUGUGUGUGAGACUCGUUCUUUAUCUUAGCCUUUUGUCGCAUGUCUAACUUAAGUAACGCUAGUGCGAUGCUCCUAUGCACAGAGCCAAAACAUGUACAUGUAAUAUUAGGGGUUUCGUGGAUUCAAAUUUCCCUCGUUUGGCAGAUCUGAGCUGUUUUACGAUGCUUCUUGUGAGGCAGAUUAGUGCAAGCAUGUGACUGCAGGAGGUACAGAGUCACUAUUGUAAAACUGCAGUAGUAGAGUGCACCAAAGCAGCUGACCAUCUAGUUUCAUUAGGAAACCUACAGUUAGGUUGAAUUGAAUUAGAGGCCACUGAAGUCUGCAGAGCGCCUCUCACCCCCACCGCAAAACUUUUGUGCUGAAGAUGGAUGAGGCGUCCCUUUCGGUUACCAAUGAGAUCGAGAAUGACUUCAUGCUAUAUGUGGUUUCUGAUCACUGUUACAAGUGUUUGCCCCAGCUGUUGGGAAAAAUACCUGCAAGGCCAGCUUCCGGGACCCCCAGCACGGUGGGGUUUGUCGUAGGCACACAACACGCACUGAAACUGCAGCUCAACGGCACCCCUGCUAAUGUGGAGCAAUGCAAUGUUGACUUCCACUUUGGGGAGCAGGGGAACUAUUCUCUGUGGGUGAAGAACCUGAAUAAUCUAUCACGGGUCAGCUGCUCUAUGAUCACCGAUUCUGACUCCAUCAACAGCUACCUGCCUAUUUUGUUUGCUUUUCUGGCAUUUGGUCUUCUGGCUGCAUUAUCUGCUAUCUGGAACACAGUUAAAAGACUGGAUGUGGUGACAAAUCUACUUCUUCGCCUGGGGAGCACAGUGGAGACAGAGAGGCUGAUAAACUCGGAGCUUGGCUCUCCAAACAGAUUGGUAGAUGCCUCUAUGGAAUCGAUAAUUCCUGCCACUACAGGACGGAGGCUUCGUUCUUUGGAUUCCUUCCGUGGCCUUGCCCUGGUCAUUAUGGUAUUUGUCAACUACGGAGGUGGACGUUACUGGUUCUUUAGGCAUGAAAGUUGGAACGGGCUCACAGUGGCUGAUCUCGUGUUUCCUUGGUUUGUGUUCAUUAUGGGUACUUCUAUUAGCUUGUCCUUGAGUGGUUCAUUGCGCAGAGGUGUCAAACGCACUCAUAUGUUGUGGAAGAUUUUCUGGAGGAGCUUACAACUAUUUGUUAUCGGAGUCAUCAUUGUCAAUCCUAACUACUGCCAAGGACCCUUGUCUUGGGAUUCUCUGCGUAUUCCUGGGGUAUUACAGCGCCUGGGCUUCACGUAUCUCGUUGUCUCUCUCUUGGAUCUUGCGGUGGCCCAGGACCGACUUACCAACUUGUCAAGCGAAACAUGCUGGUAUUCGGUGCAUGAUGUCUUCCUCUACUGGCCCGCAUGGCUGUUUGUGAUUGCCUUAGAGACAGUAUGGUUGUGUUUGACCUUCCUCCUCCCAGUCCCAGACUGCCCGACGGGUUAUUUGGGUCCAGGGGGCAUUGGUGACUUUGGCCAGUACCAGAACUGCACCGGCGGAGCUGCAGGUUACAUCGAUCGGUGGCUGCUGGGAAAUAACCAUAUUUACCAGACGCCUUCAUCACGGGUUUUAUACCAGUCUGUGAUGCCCUUUGACCCUGAGGGUGUUUUGGGAAGCAUCAACUCAAUAUUAAUGGCAUUUCUGGGUCUUCAGGCAGGGAAAAUUCUGCUGCAUUACAGAGAUCAACACAAGCAAAUAAUCACAAGAUUUAUCAUUUGGGGAUUCAUACUGGGAAUCAUCUCAGCUGUAUUGACCAAGUGUUCCAGAAAUGAUGGCUUCAUCCCUGUCAACAAAAACUUGUGGUCUUUGUCCUAUGUUACGACUCUCAGCUGUUUUGCUUUUGUGGCGCUAGUGUUUUUUUACUACUUGGUGGAUGUGAAGAAAUGGUGGUCUGGAGCUCCGUUCUUCUACCCUGGUAUGAAUUCCAUUUUGGUGUAUGUGGGUCAUGAAGUUUUUGAGGAAUACUUCCCUUUUCGUUGGAAAAUGGCCAAUAGCCAAUCACACGCAGAGCACCUGGCACAGAACCUCGUGGCCACCUCCGUAUGGGUGGUCAUAGCCUAUCUGCUCUACAGGAAGAAGAUCUUCUGGAAGAUUUGAAAGUAUCUCUGUACUGCAGAUUUUAGGAGCUGCUCUUCAUUGUGAAAGAGAUCAUUUGGAUAUUUUUAGUUGUAGGAAAUCAGCAGAUUUCGGGAACAUCUGUGCAGAGACUAAAACUCACACAUAAUCUAGAAAUAGAACUUGGCUAUUAUUUGAGAAGAGCAGAAAGAAGAAAAAAGCUAAGCAUGUGAUUGUGCCAAGAUACCUCUGUGGACUCAACAAAGCCCACAGAAUGGCUGCCAAAAUGCCAAGGCCAGAAUCUGCUAAAAUUGAAUUGAAUCAACUUGUUUGAGUUAAUGAAUGGCGUUUUGAAGUUCAGUGAUGGAUUAUGAUUCAUUUUGGAAUUUCCUUAAUUAUGAUAUGAAAGAAUUCUGAAAGUCUUGGGACAGGUUUAGAUUUAAUGAAGGUAUUGGUGUAUGCAGUUAUGAAACUAAAAGCAAAUGAGAACGGGAGAAGAACACCAGACUACCAAAAAAUAAAAGGUCUUCCAUCGAGGUCUACAAAACAUGCUGAAACAUUCUUAUCCUGGCAAAAUAAUACUACACAAUUUUAUGUUUAAGUUUUAAAGUAUGCUAGGAUUGGGUUGUUUUACUUUUUUCUUUUUCUUCAGUGGACUUUCUAUCUUUGAUGCUGUGGUUUUAUUCUUUAUAUCUUAAAGGGCCCACAUUGUGGUUUAUGAAACAUUCAUGUUGUACUUUUGUCCCAAACAACAGGUUGACAUGCUUACAAACGCUUUCAUUUUUUUUUAUAACAUGCAUUUAUUUGUUCAAACGAUUUAUUCAAUGAUUAAUUUUUACAUUGCAUCCGGUGGCAAAGAAUUCAUUUUUAUUUAGACCAAUGGGAAAAGAUCAACGAGUGGACGGGGCGAUAUGUUAACGUUUCAUUUUGACGUCAGUAUGAAGCUGCUUGAGACUUGUUUUUUAAUGAUUCAGAGUCAACUCUUUCUUUUGAGAAACAAUAAGUUUUACACAGUAUUCUUUGCAGGACAUUUUCAUUCACUUAGAGCUCUGUUACAUACCGCAUAUGAAAGGUAAUUUUCUAAAUUCCAUAAUAGGGGCACUUUAAGAUGAAAGUAUGGUUAAAAGGAUGCAUGUUAGUGAGAGAAAAAGAGUGUAUGUUUUACCUUCUCAAAAACUCAGGAGAUUUGCACAACAUGAAAUGCCAAAUGUAUUGUACUUUAUGGUUUCUCUGAUUAAACAGUGUCUUUGUUUAUCAGUUUAUCAGUGACUUGUUACCUCUGCUAAACAAUACACAUUUUAGAAAGGACGGAAGAAAAAAAUACUAAUCACUGACAUAUUUUCCAUACACAUUGCUGCUUGAAAAAAAAAAAAGGUUUUCCAGGAGAAGGGAAAAUAUUGAUCUAUCAUAUAUUCUGCAAGCUUACAAAAUCAGUUCCAUCUUUGUAACGGAUAAUGGAUAUUUUAUACAUGUAUCAACUAUGUCUCCUUUGUGUAUAUCUUUGUUUUAUACUUGACAACAUGGGAUGCAGUAAAAAUAAAACUUUUUUUUACCAUUAAAA